AUGAAGACAGCGAUCUUCAUGGCGUCGUAUGCCUAUGUACCUGUUUGUUACGAGGAGAUCGUAAUGGAGCUCCAGCAUCGGAUCGUCACCUUGACUAGUGGGGCAAUCACGAGAAGAGUCGGUGGAAUAACGUUACAGUAUCUCGUUGAAACCCGUAUCAAGAGCCCUAGGCGACGUGGAGAGGACCCCCAAGGAGUGCAUUCGAAGCGUUCUGAUCAUAGUCGUGAAAAGAUAGCAUCCGUGGAAAUUUUGUUUUCGUUUUUGUCACUGCUUCCUGCUGUCGUGGGGUUUCGUGCAACACCAAGGAACGACCGCUCGGAUCAUAGGACACUGGGCAAGAGACUGGGAACGCCGGCCAUCAGAUCUCAGCAAGUCAAAGAAGAUCUGAGCUCAGACAUCAGGGAUUUUCAGCUGCGCUGUUGGAUAAAUCAAGGCCCAAACCAUCUUCGAGCCAAAUCCCGUCAUCACCACCAAGACGUGCAUAUUUAUUACUCGAUUUACCCAGUCUCAAACCCUGCUGACAUCGCAAUGACAAAGUAUGCCGGUCCUUGCCUUUGUAACCGUACGUCGGCCAAAAAGGUGAUCACUACAAUCUCCAGGAUCCCCGAUACACUUCACGUUGCGAUAAGCACUCAUGCCUUGUAUUUCUAUCUGAUCGAAUCGUUUGGAAAUUAUCUUCCCCUCUUCGAGAUCAUUUGGAGUUUUAAGUUGCAGCUCCUAAUCAAAAUUUUAAUCGUUGUUGGCGUCCAAGCACUCCGCCCGCAGUUUCUUGCUGUCGCCGCUUCCUUAGGCGCCGGAAUCGAUAUUUUUUAUGAUACGUAUGCAGCACGCCUCUUUAUGGUGGCCGUCUCCCAUGCUAACUUUGCCACAGAUAUACCCCAUCAAGCUUUCUGGACAUCUCAAACAUCAGCUCUUCUCUACAUUCGCAGGAGCGGACUUCUUCAUCGCCGGUACAAUGUGCUACUACUUGCACAAAGGCGUGACGGGCUUCUCCAGAUAAAACCAUUCCCGGAUGAUCGCAAAGAGAGUCGAAGAAUAUUGCAUUCCCGAAGAUUAGGACGUUGCUCUAUGGGCUGUUAUCUCGUGCUGCGCACUCGUCUACUUGACAAUGUUUUUGCCAAAGCACAAGUCCGGGUGCCACCAUUCAUCGUCUGGCUUUGUCCCUCUGCGCAGACCUACUUAAAAGCAACCUGGACUAUGAUCACCAUCCACUGCAUCCAUUCCCGCUUCUCCUUCCGUGAUGAAUGGACUAGGCUAUCUUACUUCUUACCAAUCUGGUGCGAGCCAGCUUGUCCCUGCGAAUGCCUCGAUAUCUUUCACGAAUCAUUCGGCACCAGCAUAUGGAGCAGCCAUGAAUGUUCAGAUUCAUCGCAGAAUGCAAGAUUUCAGUGGGAUUCAAAUGCCUACUCCAUCUAUGCCUCCCGAAACACCUUCAACCUCAUGGUCGCCUUCAGGCUGGAGCGCGCCAUCGGGACAAACCAGCCGCCCAUGCCACCGUGGCCAUGGAAGGUGCAGGUGGCAAUUCUCCUACCCUAUCUGAAUGAUGAUCGCUGA